GUCACCGAGGCGUGAGCUGAUUGGCUAAGAGCUGCUAGGCUUCUGUGACAAGUUUUUCGGGUCACGCGUGACGUGGUCGUCGUGGGAACCGCAGCAGCAGUCACCCGCGGGCGCUGCCAGAAUUCAAUAUGGGAGACGUAGAGAAAGGAAGGAAGAUUUUUGUUAUGAAGUGUGCGCAGUGCCACACCAUAAAUAAGGAUGGAAAACACAAGACGGGACCAAACUUAUGGGGACUGUUUGGUCGUAAAACUGGCCAGGCUCCAGGGUUCUCUUACACAGAAGCAAACAAAAGCAAAGGCAUUGUUUGGGGAGAAGAAACUCUUCUUGAAUAUCUGGCAAACCCAAAGAAGUUUAUUCCAGGAACCAAGAUGAUUUUUAUUGGUAUCAAAAGCAAAACCGAUCGCUUAGAUCUUAUUGCAUAUUUAAAGAAAGCGACGUCGGAGUGAGGAGUUUGGAGCAGUACACGCUCAUGGAUCCUGUCAUUGUGAACGUUUACUACGUGUCUGAAGAAUGAUAAUGAGGAGCAGAGACAUAGCUGGGUCUUGGGCUCACACAGCGAGGUGGUGCCAUGUUGGUCUCAAGUCUUUUCUUUUAGAGAUGGAAGGAGACCACAUUGUGUGCAUCUAGGGUUAAUGCUGUGUGACUUAAGGAAUGUGUCAUUGAUAACAUAUUUAUGGAACUGUGAUUUUAUGUCGGAUUUAUAUGGUAGUAUGACUACAAAGAAAUCAGUUUUUAUUGUGUGCUUUAUUCAUUCACCGUUCCUUAUGCAGCAGAGAAUCACUAUUUAGUCCCUGCCCAGUAUUUAGACCCUGUCCUGAAGAUAGGCGAUUACUAGCUGAUUGGCAGGCGCCUGACACCCUGCACCUCUGCCAAUUAGCUGUUUGGCAAUAGCUCAAGUGCUGGAAGUAGUCGGCCCCGUCUGCUUAGUAGUGGACUGAGCUCGUCACUGCAGCACUUCAGUGUAAAGAACACAGAGGUCUUUGCUUCCAGCACUGGAGCUAUGGUCAAACAGCUGAUCUUCUGGGUGAUGACCCCCGCUGACCAGCUAGCCAUGACCUAUCCUGAGGAUAGGCCAUCAUUUAAUAAAAGGUUGACGCCCCCUUUAAAAGGGGGUUGUUUGCCAAUUGCUUAUCAUAUUUGUUGGUUAGAUAAUAAAAAGUGAACAAUGUUUGUCAUUUACACGCUGUUAAAGGGGUUUUCCGAGAUAUUUUUACCAAUGAUCUAUCCUCUGAAUCCCAGCCGAUCAGCUGUUGGAGAAGGCGCUGGUGCCGCGGCCUUCUCGCAACUUUUCCUAGGCUGUGCCAUGUCGCGUUCAAUCAGUCUCAUGGCCUAGGCGCAGCUAAACUCAUUGAAGUGAAUGGGGCUGUGCAGCCAUACGAAGCACAGCCGCUAUCAAAUGGACGACGCUGUGCUUGGUGAGCUGAGAGAAGGCCGCAGUGCUGCUGCAAGCGCCAGUGUCUUCUCAGACAGCUGAUUGGUGGGGGUCUUGGGUAUCGGACCCCCACCGAUCAGAUACUGAUGACCUAGCCAGAGGAUGGCACCAUCUGCUGUAAAAAAUGUAUAGCAUUGUACAUGUCCGAUUAAGGAGUCGGACGCUGCUGGACGCAUACUUAUUCCUGCAGCCAGGUCCUUGAUGAUGCUCAGUUCACCACAGAGCAGCUAGUAGAAGUAGUAUCUGUCCUGGUUAGCAGGCAAGGACAAGAGCUUCUGCAGUAGCGGUAUAGGUGAAUAGACUUUCUGCAAGGGGAAUAAGAUAGGACUAUAUUGUCAGCUGCCAGAGGGGAAGGGGACUGAUUCUGGCCGGAGCUCACCCCCCAGCAGGGCAGAUAAGAGAUAUCACCAAGGGAGACACAUGGAAGCAAAAAGAAAAAUAUGUUACUAGCAGUUUUAAUAUUUGCAGUACAGAUUUUAAAGCAGCCAUUAACAGUCUUUCAGGGCUAUUGCUAUGAGUUAUGAAUCAUACAUUUAUUUAAAUGAUUGAUUUAUGGGAUAAGAAUGGUUUUACACUACAUCUUAUUUCAAAAUAGUACAUUUCUCUUUACAUAUUUUUGUAGUAAAAAAAAAAGUUACGGAUAGAUCUUAUAUACUGACCAGUAGGGAUUUCUAAAAAUGUCUCAUACAUUUCUCUAUAGGGAAAAAAAUAUCUUAAAAAAAAAAUUAAUAAACAACCCCACAAAAAACUCUAAGGCCUCUUUCACACGGGCGUUAGUUUUUUUGCCCGGAUAAGAGCCGGGUGCG